AUGUCAAACUAUACAGUUGAGUCCAAUAAAGUAGAGACAAGUGAUGGAGCCAAGCUUCAUACAAGGCUGUUCAAGCCAAGAGAAGAAGGAGAGAUAAAAGACAAUUUGGUGAUUGUUCUUGUACAUCCAUUUUCAAUCUUGGGUGGUUGUCAAGCUCUUUUGAAAGGGAUUGCUGCUGGGUUAGCUGAAAAAGGUUAUAAAGCUGUGACCUUUGAUAUGAGAGGUGCUGGUAAGUCUACUGGGAGGGCUUCUCUUACUGGUUUUGCUGAAAUCAAGGAUGUUAUUGCUGUUUGCAAAUGGGUUUGUGAGAAUCUGUCUUCUGAUAGGAUUUUGUUGGUGGGUUCUUCUGCUGGUGCACCAAUUGCAGGUUCUGCAGUAGAUGAGAUCAAAGAAGUUGUUGGCUAUGUAAGUAUAGGAUACCCCUUCGGCAUUUUCGCCUCGAUACUCUUUGGACGACACCACAAGGCAAUCCUGAAGUCUCCAAAGCCGAAGCUUUUUGUCAUGGGGACGAGGGAUGGGUUUACCAGUGUUAAGCAGCUGCAGAACAAGCUGAGUUCUGCUGCUGGACGUGUUGAAACACAUCUACUUGAAGGGGCAGGCCACUUUCAAAUGGAAGGCCCUGAAUUUGAUAACCAGAUGGUGAACCUUAUUCUUACGUUUAUCUCAUCUUUAUAG